AUGUCAACCGCUGGUCAACAAGGACCCAACGGGCACCCACAAUCCCCAGAUGGCGGCCCGUUGGACCCAGUCUCACUCGCCGCCCUCCCCACGACGACGGCGCCUCCGACGCAACCCACUGCCGUUCCGUCGCCGUUGCCGACGACGACUGCCGACACGGGCGGAAGCGCUAACGGCCAUGCUGUGAACGGGACUGGCAAUCCGUCAAUCAACGGCCACCUCACCAACGGUACUUCGGAUGUGCCGGAAACCAGCGGCCACACGGUAAAUGGCUCAGCCCCAAACGGUAACCCGCCCUCCGAUGGCGCUAUUGCCAGGAACCAGGUCGCCGAUGGCGCCGUCCCAUCAUCAUCAUCAUCUUCAUCAAGAUCAAAUGGUGGGCCAUCAACCAACGGGGAUGACGUGCCGCAGGUCAAAGAGGGAGCUCUCGAGAACAAGAUCGAGGGCGUUCAGAACCCGGAAGCUAACGGUCACAAGCCACCCGACCAGAAGCCGCACCACCAUUCUAGCGAUCUCAAGGGCUUGUAUGCCGAGGGUAAGGAAAAGGUCAAGGACAAGACGAAGCCCUCGGGCGGCUUCGACACAACGCCACUGCCCGACGCGCCUCCGGGCUACACUGUGAGGUUCAUUUUCCACAGGGCAAGCAACCUCCCCGCCGCCGACAUCGGAACGAGGUCAUCCGACCCCUUCAUUCAUGUCACUCUCAGGGCGGCCGUGCCGAAGCGGCACAAGGAGGACCCCGAUCUCGUACACCGCACCGAGACUAAAAGGCGCACGACGGAACCCGUGUGGAACGAUGAGUGGGUUGUGGCCAACAUCCCGGCGGCCGGCUUCAUCCUCAAGUGCCGGCUGUACGACGAGGACUGGCCCGACCAUGACGACCGCCUCGGCAACGUCACCGUCAAAGUCCCCUACGUCGGCGAGGACUGGGAAGGCUUCCCGCAGCCAGGCCACGAGUUCGUGGCCAAGAAACGCAUGGGCAGCAAACGGGCCUACUUCGUCAAGGCCAUCACGAGCCAUUUUGACCCGCGCACCGACAUGUCGCCGAGGUUGUGGAUCAGCAUGGAGGUCUUGGGCAAGUCGGACCCGCCGUAUGCCCAGAUGUGCACCAUCGGGCCUACCUCGUACUUCAAGCACUUCAGCCCCAUGAUCGGACGUCUCACUGGAAUCAAGGUCAACCGGGACGAGGAGGCCGACGCCCGUUCGGACCUGUUUGACGAACCCCAGGAUAAGGAGAAGGACGGCAAGAAGACACAAAAAUAUGAUUUUCAAUCCAACGAGAUGCAGCUGUCAGGCCCGGUGCCCCCCGAGCUGUACCAUCGAUAUGUCGAGUUCCGCCCAAUGAUCGGCCUGAUGUUCGCCAAGAGCGGCUUGAGAGGCAGGAUCCUCAACAAGGCGCUGCACAAGCAGCACAGCAGAGUCUAUAACUUUGACAGCUCGACCCAGUACGGCGUCUUCAAGGCCCGCUCGGAAGAAGCCGCUCUACAGUUCCUCAAGCUGGUGCACUUUGACGAGGGGGGCCGCAUUUUCACUUACGUGCUCACCCUCGACGGCGUCUUCCGCUUCACCGAGACCGGCAAAGAGUUCAGCAUCGACAUGCUGAGCAAGCACACCAUGCACAGCGACGUCGAGACCUACAUCGCAUGCUCGGGCGAGUUCUUCGUCCGCCGCCUCGAGAAGCCUGACGCCUCGGACGACCCGGAACCGGACCAGAGAACCCACCCGACCGACGAGCUCUCCGGCGGCCCCCCGAACGGCCACCCGCCGCACAACCCCUCCUAUUACCAGCUCUUCAUCGACAACGACUCCGGCACUUAUCGGCCCGACAAGUCCAUUCUCCCCAAGUUGAAGGGGUUCCUGCAGGCCAACUUCCCCGGGCUGGGCGUCGUCACCAUGCACUGCGAGGACGAGGAGCUCCAGAAGCUCAAGAAGGAGCAGGUCGAAGCCAAGAAGAAGGAGGGCCGCAUGGUCAACAUGGUGCUCGCCCGCAGCCCCAGCUCGAGCUCGCUGAGCUCGACUGAGAGCGCUCUGCAACACAUGGACGAGGCCGGCGAGGACGGUCCACCGGUGAAGAGUACUACGCAGAAAGCGCUGGACGUGCUCGAGGACCCGAGCGCCCUGAAGAAGAUGCUGAAGCCGGGUCAUCACGGACAUGCACAUGCACACACCACGGGGGGAGGCGAGAGUUCGACGGCACACUAG